UUCUUUCCCAACCAAUUUCAAGUUACCAAAAACUUCACACAAGUAAGUAUUUUAGAACAUAUUAUCACCUACUUGUCCAAGCAAACUCUCCUUGUACCCUAAAUGUACUAAAAAGAAUACGCAGUUCCUGAAUGAACAUUCUAUAAACUAUGACAUACAUUUGUACCACAUACAACAUACCUCCCAGGGGGACUUGGGGGGCAAGCAUGUACAUGUGAAAAGGUCUUUUGAAUUAGUGUUACAGUGCCAGUGCCCUUCAAAAAUGUACACUCUAUUGCUUGAAAUAGCUAAACCUGUCAUUAAAAACAGGUAUUCCAAGGAUUUACUUGCCAUUACGCAGCAAUUACCUGAAGGUGUGCUUGGUUAAUACUGUAGGUUAAUAAGGUCUUACUGGUGCCCUGGGACAUUGCUGCAGAGUCAACGUAAUACUGUAAGGGAUCCAUCAGUGGAUUAAGUCUAGAAGUCGAUCAACAUAUUAUAGGAUGUUCUGCAGCUUAGCUUUCUAGUAAGUACCUUAGGACUGUACUGGUACUUUAAGUAAAAAUUGAUUAGGGAUAUCAACCAAUCAGACAGCUUGUUGCAAGUCAGUCAGGUGUUUCAUGGAAUCCGAUGUUCCUUGGCCUAGUUUUUACGAGUGACAUGAAAUGGGCAUUAUGAAAUGAAAACGACAAAUUGACUGGACGAUAAUGGCCAUUAAUGGGCUUUUAAUGAUGUCAUCUUCAAAAGGACAAGCCAUGUGUGGUAAUGGGAAAAUAAGAUUCAGGCCAUUUUCUUCCCCAAGGCAUUGUUGCGUGCAAUUGGCAAGGAAGUACCUCUAAUACUACAUAUUACAUCAAAGCUUUCAAGAACAGUCCUAAGCCUAAGUGACCAUUGUUUUUCCGUCUAAGACAUAUUUUGACCUUCUAUACUUAGUCUAGUACAAUGUACUUGCAUUUGCAGCAAAGUCUAUUGACGGUAAUGGCACAAAAUAAAGCCUGACAUGGAUACCUCACACUUGAACAACCCAGACUGACCAACUGUCACCACAAAGAAAGGUGAUGACAACCUAUUCGUUUCUUUUGCCCUGUCUAAUGACGUGUCCAAGACACCAGAUCGAUUCCCACUGAAACGGAAAAUCCGAGCUUUACGAGCGCAUUUGAAAAGUUGCAGUUGAACGGAACGUGAGCAGACUCCAACCACGCCUAGCUUGGUGGUAUCCAUCAAAAUUAGCUUGUAGGAAGUGUAACUGUUAAGCUAGCUAUCGUAAAACUAAGUAUCCUGUGCAGGUAUAGGGUUUUACAAUGGACUCAAGGGAUCAACGAAUAGAUGCGUACAAAUUCAACGAUAUAUACAGAGUCUCGUCCCUUAGAGAUGCUCCCGACAGUUUAGAUGUCACAAGGAACAUCAACAACAAGCUGAAUGGCACGCAAGCCAAGAUGCAGCAAGGAAUACCGAGGCCGAAAGUGAUUCUUCAACAUCCAAGACCUUCCAGUGUACCAGGGAAUACGAAGGCAAAUGAAGAGAAAUCGUCGAAUGACAAGAAAGGGAAACAGACGGUUUCACAGCUGAGCAAGCAGUUCUGUGACGCCACGACAUGUCACGGACUGAACCGUAUCGGGUCGGCGCAGUCCACGGCGGCUCGCCUGAUGUGGCUCGCGCUCGUGCUGACCGCUGCCGCCUUGACCAUGUGGCAGGGGAGCAGACUGUUGACCAAAUACAUGUUAUAUCCCGUGCAGGUCAAGGUCAACAUCGUCGUGAACAACAGGCUCGUGUUCCCCUCGGUAACCGUCUGCAAUCAGAACAGACUCAGGAAGUCGAAGUUGAACGGAUCACGUUUCGAGCCCCUCAUAGAGAUCGACGACGAAACUAUCGGAUCGGUUGACUUCCUGGAGAUGGACAGCCAGGACGGACCGCUAGAUGGCCUAGAUGCGACAAAUAGAUCCAGGAGAUCGACAGAUUCAGACGGACCGGAGUCCGCGAUGCAGAUGCUGGAAAAACGACGUCAGAUGCUGAAACGGAAAACCAGAGCUACUUCCCCCUGCCCCAAGGCUCCCGUGAGUGGGGUAGAUAUAGUUUGUGUGGACGUCAAGCACUCGAUGGACAAUGCCUCCGAGGGCUGUGCUCAAAUAGGCAUGCAGCUAUGUUCAUACCAUCAACUCCGAACGGCGCACGCUAGAGGCAUCCGCGAUCCGCUGCCGCUGGAGCAAGGCAACUCCUGGCGUUUCUUCAGUCGUCCCGGAUGGGACGUCACUCUUCAGUCCGAAUGUGGACCUCGCUAUGAGAACGUCGUGGAUGAAUGUUACGAUGGCAUGUUCCCACACACUCCUCGUGCGGGGACUGAGGGAUUCCUGUACUGCUGUAACAAGGAGUUCAUCGUGACCGACGAAACCUUCACCGAUCAUCAGCAAGCAAAACAGGCCUGCGAUGAUCAAGGGUUUCAAUUGUGCUGGCCUCAACAGCUCAAGAAGAUUUUUACGGAUGGGUUUCGGGGUGAGACAUGGGGCUUUGUCAGUGAUCCGACGAGACAAGCACACCUCAGUCCGUGCGGCUGCCGACCACAAAAGAUGUGCUACCAGUUCACGUACGGCUACGUACUGAAGACCAGACGAAACAUGCCAGCAUACUGUUGUCAGCAAACAUACGCAUUCCAAGACGUGGACUCUUCUCUGCAAAACCGCGCUGCCGACACAUGCUCAUCAAAGAACUUUAAAUUAUGCCCCAUCCAACGAUUGGUAGACGUACACAAAGCAGGAAUCCGAUUUGACAACUGGGGCUGGGUGAAGCACCCCGGUAGAAUUGCUCUCCUUGGCGAACGGUGUGAAGAGAGCAACGAUACGGAAUGCUAUCAGCAACGUGUGGCUUACUUGGACGACCAACCUGAAAGCACUAAUAAAUCUCAUUGCUGUUCACCAAUGAUUGCCAUCUUUAAUGACCGGUUUCAAGACGAAGAUGAUGCAUCAAACUCCUGUGAUCGACAAGGCCUUCAGCUUUGCACUCUCUCUCAGCUGGUGACAGCUUAUCGCAGAGAUACCCCGAUUGAAGACUUCGGUUGGGCAGCCGACACCAGAGACGGCACCUACCAAGUCAUCGUCACCAAGUGCAGCUCAGGCCCGAACUGUUACAACCCGAUACCUGUUACUCCUGGUGACAGAUUCCCAGCAUAUUGCUGCCAAUAUGUGGAGGCGAAGAUCGCUAUACCACCAAGAACACAGUGUACCAACAUAUUUAGGGGCUGUAGCGAGCCUCUAGGUAUGGAAGAUGGUCGAAUCUUGGAUCAACAGAUCACUGCUUCCUCCAGUAUGGGUAGAAACGGCACGCUGCCAUACCAAGGCCGCUUGAACGGGUGGGGUGCCUGGUGGGCCGAUACCAUUUCAGAUAGCAAUCUGGGCAGCAAUGAGUGGUUCCAAGUUGAUUUACUGAAGCCGAUGUAUGUGACGGGACUGAUGACGCAAGGGGUGCGGAAGGGCUUCAUCAUAACCUACAAGCUUUUGUACAGCAACGAUUCUGCUGGUCCGUGGAUUGUGUACAUGGACAAGAGCAGUAACCGGGAUGAGUUGUUCAAAGGCGUAACCCGUCUGGGUGAAACGAGCCACCAGCAUUUCGCCUACCCGAUCUUGACGAGGUACGUCAGGUUACAGCCUCACUUCUUGUCCCACAAGUACGCCACCCUGAGGAUGGAACUGGUCGGCUGCGACCCCGAGACGUGUGCCGAUCCUAGGAGCACGGACGAGCGUGGGGUGGUGAACGUAUCAUUGGACUGCCAGGGACGGGACUGCUACGUGGGCAACGGGGAGAACUAUCGAGGGACGAAAGGAACGACGGAAUCUGGAAGAGGCUGUCAGCAAUGGGCGCGACAUGACCCACACCCACACUGUAACGUCACCAGUGACACCUAUCCAGCAGCGUGUCUCGUAAACGACUAUUGCCGCAACCCGGACGGCCGACCAGGCGGGCCGUGGUGCUUCACCAAGGACCCGGACGUUCCGUGGGAAUCCUGCGGCGUCGGAAAAUGCACACUGCAGGAAAACGAGGUCUUAGACAAAGCUGCGUGGAGAGGGUACAUUGAAAAAUCGAACACCUCCGACAACAGUGACCUGUCCGAAAUCCUUCCUCCGGCCACUCGACAGGAGCUGCGGAAGCUUGGACAUCAGAAGAACGACUUCAUCCUGCAGUGUAGCUUCGACAAACAGCCAUGCUCACCUGACGACUUUAUCAUGUCACAAGAUGCAAAGUAAGAUUCGUUUAUUUUCCAUAAAAUGACGUGUUAUCUUACGGUUAAUUGCUGUUGGAUGUCGUCUGCUUGAGAUAGGUUCUCUUUUCCAGUUUCUAAUAGAGUCUAUCAUCUCGCCUG